AUGGGUCUUAAACUUACUGAUUUCAGGUUGGGAAUACUUUAUCGACUCUUCCAACUCUUAGCAAUAAGCUACAUAGCCUACACGGUCAUAUUUAAUGAGGGAUAUCUCCGAAAGGAACCACCGAUACCUGGGGCCGUUCGAAUCACUCUGCAAGCCCCAACAACCAUUAUCGAACCUCCGUACUGCAUUAAUGGUUCGCUUCCGUGUUUGUACUGGGGCGCUAAUGAUAUUCAAUAUCCAAGUGAUGGAAGUCUAGCAUUUUUCACCACUAGGGUAUCCAUAAAAAAAUAUUCACCGCCUCCGGGAUGUAACUUCCUGAACGUUUCAAACCCUACUGAUCCGUGUUUCUUUAACCCAAUCUCCCCUUUAAUUUCGUCUAACUCGGAUGUAAUUAUACCCAAAUCUUUCAUAGGUGAUAUUGAAGAUUACACA